UCUUGUUACAUACAAAAAAACACAUCCAUGGCUUCUUUCUCUUCUCUCUCGAUCCUCCUCCUCCUUCCUCUCUCCUUUCUCCUAUUAUCACCGGCGGAGUCCCGCCCCGCCGCCGCCACCGGUCAACCCAAUUUCCGGGAGGCACUGGAGAUAAUAAUUGGUGGCGGCGGUCAUAACAAUCCCGACCCAAAUCCACCGGAAUACCCGCCGGAGUGCCCUCCACCGCCGCCACCGCCAUGUCCAUCACCGCCACCGGAGUUCGAAAACGAGCGGUUAAGAAAGGCGUUCUUUGUGAUACGAAGACUAAAGAGCAAAAUCAAGAGCGGGAGAUUGGACGUGGUGAGGACGUGGCAGGGGAACGACGUUUGCCAGUACGUAGGGUUUCGAUGUGACCCUUUGCUGGUGGAGAAAGAGAGGAGCAUUUCUGCGGUGAUGUUCAAUGGGUUCCGAUUUGGAGGACCGGAGCUGUUUCUUGAAGGAUUUAUGGAUGAAUUGGAUGAUAUUGCGGUAUUUCAUGCCAAUUCAAAUUUUUUUCGUGGCCCAAUUCCUAAGAAAAUUGAUCGUCAACGGUUCUUUUAUGAGAUGGAUCUAAGUAACAAUAAGCUUCCAGGGGGGUUUCCGACGAACGUGUUGGGAGCGUCGGAGCUAACAUUUCUAGACCUUCGAUACAACAACUACUGCGGCCCAAUUCCGGAGCAAAUUUUCGACAUGGACAUAAUCAGUGCCAUUUACAUCAACAACAACCAAUUCAGUUCAAAUCUUCCCGACAAUUUAGGCAAAACUCCGGCCAAGUACCUAACAUUUGCCCACAACCAAUUCUCUGGAUCCAUCCCCAAAAGCAUCGGGGACGCGAAGAAGACGAUGGAAGAAAUUGUGUUCUUCGAUAAUCAAUUGGAAGGUUGCUUGCCGUUCGAGAUCGGUUCAUUAGAAAACGCAGUGUUGUUUGACGCCGGAAAGAAUCGCCUCACGGGUCCCAUUCCGCUUUCGUUUGCUUGCUUGGCUAAGGCGGAGCUUCUCUACUUGGCUGAUAACCAAUUGUACGGUCCUGUGCCAGAAGAGAUCUGCAAGUUGCCUAAUCUUGGUAACUUCACCUUGAGGAAUAAUUUCUUUACUCAGGUGGGAGCAGAAUGCAAGAAACUAAUAAAGAAAAAGAUUCUAGAUGUUUCAAACAAUUGCAUUCCAGGACUCCCAAAGCAGAGAUCCAAAGAAGAAUGCUUACAAUUUGCAUACAGGCCCAAAUACUGCGGGAACGACAAGUCGUUCACUUACAUUCCUUGCAAAAACAAUCACUAUCUUCAUCCACACGUUUCUAAACCUACCGAUAACAUAAACUACGUGUCGCCAAAGAAAACUUAUGCUGCUCUCACUCCCCCCUCCUAAUAAUUCUUAAUUAAAUCUCAAAACUUUAUCAUUUUCAUUUUCAUUUCAUUAAUAAACUACCCCUUGCUUUAAUGUAUUGUAUAAGGCCAACUUUCACAAGUCCAAACAAAUAACCUAUACUGUUAUUAUUAUUAUUAUUAUUAUUAUAGGCCAAUUUGAUGCUCCAUGGUCGUUGUUUAUGCAUUUCCCCCCAUAUACAUAUUAUAUUUAGAUAUCAUUAUUAGGGUUGGUGUUUGUUUUUUUGUUUUUUAAUUUCCAACUCGAUUUUAGUUGACUUUUUAGAUAAUUGUUGACGUGUUAUACUUGUGAAUUAUUAUCCAAUAAAUUGUUCCCACAAUCAUUUUCAUCUA